AUGAUAGAUUACUACGUCCGAGAACAGAAACCCGUCACCGAGUCGACAGGAGCAGUUUUAAUCACACCAAUACCGAAGCAAUAUUGGGAAUUCAAGCAUGAAUGGAUUGAACUUGGACAGAAACUCGGAGAAGGAGCAUUUGGAGGAGUUUAUGCAGGAAUUUUAACCUUAGACAAUAAGACUCGGGGGAGGGGUGGCGAGGGCCGAUACGUGACGUGUACCUGGAGGUGUCUAGCCUUGUGGCACAGCGAAUUCCAAGCUCGCCGUGUAUCAGAGAUGUUUCUGGAUGCAUCGGUAGCCGUUAAAGUAAACAAGGGCAGCGAAGUAACAAAGAAAAUCAUUUCGGAAAUCUGUAAAGAGGCACGGAUUAUGCGGCGCUACCGUCACCCCAACGUUGUGAAAUUCUUCGGCGUUGCGAUCGAGCAUGAACCGAUAAUGUUAGUAAUGGAAAUGGUAAGCGGUGGUUCCCUGGACGUCCAUUUACAGAAGGAAGCUGCACAUAUAACGAAACGAGAUCGGUUGCGUUAUUCAAUCGGUGCUGCCAAGGGUUUGGAAUAUUUGCACCAGAAUGAUUGCCUGCAUAGGGAUGUUGCAGCAAGGAACUGCCUUGUGCAUCGAGGCGACGUAAAGCUCAGUGACUUUGGACUAUCACGAGAAUUAUCAAAUCGAGCGAAGAAGUAUAAACUAAAAGACAUGAAGCAACGUUUGCCUAUUCGAUGGCUGGCACCAGAGGUUCUGAGUUCAGGCACUUACUCAAAGAAAAGCGACGUAUACUCGUUCGGAAUUUUGCUGUGGGAGAUCUAUACAGAUGGCCAAACACCAUACUCGAACAUGAGCGUAGCUGAAGUGACAGCAAGCGUUACGGCUGGAUACCGACUCUCCCCUCCGGAAAAGAUGCCAAAAAGCGUACGCAGUAUAAUGACAAGGUGUUGUUUCCCAGGAAGCCCUGAAGAAAGAAGUCGGAUGUCUGAGGUGGAGAUUGCUUCUUCUUUAGAAUAUCGUUUCUCUUUGCAAGGAUUAAAGAAGUAG